AGAGCUUGGCGCGCUAAUGCUACCACCGUCUUCAGAGAGUAAACAGAACCAGUAGCAAAAGCAGCAGCGGCAGCGCGAGAGUCACGACGAGUGGUGUUGGAGCCAGCUCGAGAGUGCGAGAAGUUCCAGUCAGUCUCUGACAGCCCGUUGGUGGAAUUGUGUAACUCGCGACCCCGUCGCGAAAAUUCGUUUUCCCAUUCGUUCUCGUUCGUUUUCAUUCGUAAUAACACACACCCCCCUCCCCCCCCGGGGGACGACGGAUCAAUCGUUUCGAGUUUUCCACCGCGAGUUCUCCCACAGUGUUCUCCCAAAGCACGCGCUUUUUCCGUGCUUUUCGGCUAUGGUGUACGUGUACGUGCGUGUGUGAGCGUAUCUCUUCUCAUUUCCGUUUCUACUUUUUUUAUUUUUUGGGUUUUUCCCUCUUUGCUCUUCGGUUAAUUACUACGCUUCGUUUGUAUACGAGGAACGGUACACGACCGUUCCACCCUGCGCGCGCUACUAUACACGAAACUCGAACCCAAAGGACUUUUACCACCUUCGAUCGAUGGUUCGAUGAAGCUGCCAAUUGUCGUGCGUUCAACGUAUCGUCGCCGGACCUAAUCGAAGAAAAAUACCAAUUCUUGAAUACUCCGCUCCAAAGGGAACGACGUGUGAACUAUCGUCGGCGAGAACCGAGUGCGAUCCGCUCCCGAGGGAAGAUCGUCGCCGAAGUGAAAUUGGAACCAGUGGGUCUUCGCACGAGAAAGAAGAAAAAUCUCAAAUAGCGCGCGAUUCGAAUAUCGCCUCGUGCAAGUUUACGGCCGAACCCCGGACGUCGGACCUUCCGCGAGAAACGAUAGUAGCCACCGGCGAUUCUGAGGCGCAAUCGACACCCUUACCUACGGCACCGCGGAAGAUCGUCGUACGGUCGUUGGUUUUCGCAGCCGGUGGAGGCAUCGGAAAGCACAGCGUGGUGCCAAUAGGACCGGCGCUAGUGCGUUCGAAUGUCCGAUUGUCGGAUCGAGUCGAGCUCCCGCUCGACUGCUGCCGCAAGUCGUUUGUCCCCUGAGUGUCAGGGUCAGUGGAACGUCGCAUCGUUUGCCGUCGUUAUCGAGGAGUCCGUAUUCUAGGUCUAGGUAAAACGUCGAUCUGUUCAGGGUCGCGCGAACGAAUCCCUGAAACAAUCCAUUCUAUCCGAACUAAGCGAAGACAGGAGGCCGAACAGACUCUUGGAUGGUGGCAUUACCCACCUCAGUCCUAAUCAUGUCCGGGCUUUUGUACACCCUUUUGGGACUUGCGGCUAGUUCGACGUUGCAUUGUGCGGUACGUCGGGAAAUAAGUCCGUGCACGUGUCGCCGCCAGGAGCUGGCGACCUCAACGACGAGCCAUGGAAAUGGAAGCCCAACAACAACGGAACUCAUACGCGUCGAAUGCGAACAAAUGCAGUCGUUCACCCAAGUUGCCGAAGCACUCCGCGGGAGAUUCAUACCGGAGCAACAGAUCACCCUUAGAGUCGCCUACUCGCAUCUACAGGACAUCUCGAGGCACGACUUCAAAGAACUACGAAUGACGAUUACCAACCUCCAGCUGAAUUACAACAAUAUCGGAGUUCUGGACGGAGAAGCCUUCGCCGGCCUUGGAAGGACGAUGUAUUUCAGUCUUGCCGACAACGAAGUACCCGCCAUACCGAAACACGUGUUACUGCACUUGCCCUUACUGCGUACCUUUGACAUCGGACGCAACAGAAUAAUGCGUGUAGAAGCGGACGAUUUCAAGUACAAUCCUGGAAUCCAGUACCUCGUUCUUGCCGGUAAUUCUUUAACAGAACUCGAUCCUGGCUCUUUGCCACCACUUCUGAAGCAUCUUCAUCUGGGAAGAAAUAAAUUGGAUUCUCUGAACCGAACGCUGAGAGAUCUGAAUCAACUGGAAUGGCUGUUCUUGAAUGAUAACGAGCUUACGACUUUAGACGGCGAAUUAUCGACAGUGGGACGUAAUUUGAAAAUGCUCCAUGUCUCCAAUAACAAGUUGACCCAUCUGCCGCCCGAAUUCCGGCUUUUACAUCGCUUGGAUGCUCUGUUUCUACACAAUAACAGAAUACGAAGUUUAGACGGAAGAUUACAAAAAGCACGUCACUUGGAAAGGCUAACGCUUUACUGCAACGAACUAGAAGAGCUAUCGGAAGACGACUUCACGGAAGCGGAAAGUUUAGAGGAUCUCCAAUUAGGUCAUAAUUCCAUAAAAUCCCUUGGACGAGGUAUUGGGAACGAGAACGGGAACAGUGCACUAUUAUCCCUACGUUCUUUGAGAUGCCUCAAUUUAACUCAUAACGAACUACGUGAAUUUUCAUUUUCCGAUUUACGCGGGCUGCGUAAACUACAUCUCGUUGACCUGUCUCACAACAGGAUCGCGGAACUGGUCAAGGGGAGAACUGCUACUGAGAACCUAGUAGAGUUGGAAGGUGAAGAGAUCGCGGGUGCCAGUAUACAGGAAUUACGACUGCAGCACAAUAAAUUGAGCAGUCUCGAAGGCUCUUUAUUCAUGGGCAUGGUAUCGCUCCAGAGAUUAAAUCUGAGCCACAACGCGCUAGGGCCAGCUCUUGGUCCGCGCGAUCUCAAGGGCCUCGACGCUCUUCGUGUCUUGGACAUAUCGCACAAUUCCCUAACGACGCUCGAGGAUACAAGCGAGACAUGGUUGCCGUCGCUCGAAGAGCUCAACGCUUCCCACAACCGCCUUGUAGUGCUAUCGGAAAAUGAUUUUCGAGGUCUUCCGAUCCUCUGCUGGGCAGACAUGAGCGCGAAUCGAAUACGAUCGCUAGCGACGGACCUUGUCGCGAACACCAGAUGCACCGUGCACGGCGUACCUGACGUACUGCGCAUAUAUCUUCAAGAUAACCCAGUGCUGUGCGAUCCGAGCCUCGACAAUCUCACAGUUGCCCUUGAGGUAAAUCAUGCCAAGGUCUACGGGGUAGCCAGCGACUGUCCGACAACGGUAGCGACGACGCAGAGUACGCCGACAUCCCCUUUGCCGCCACUUCCGCCAACUUUAUUUCUGACCGUUGCUGGUGGUAACGUAUCCUUUGCUGCCACGCUUGAAUAAUUUAUUGAAAUUAUAUGCGAUUCCGUAAGACCUACGUACCUACCUAGUCGAGACCUCACAUUUUUACAAUAAGGGCUAAACGUGGGCUAAUUGCGAUGGAUCCACUACAUUCACCUCCGUAUAAGGGCGUAUAAUAUCUCACGGACGUAAUUGAUGUAUUUAUGCCUAGUAUUUACUCUUCAUUCACGAAUAAUUAUAGAUUAGAAUUGAUGAUUUUAUAUAUGUUUAAAUCACAGAGAAUCUAAACAAGCGAUAUAUAUGCAGUUGCGCGUAAAAUGUGCCCCUUGUUACCGCGUUAAAUUGCGAACUCUAAUGAUAAUCCAACUGUGAGAGAUGGGCGUAAAGAUUGCACAAGGAAUCAGUGAAAGAAAGAACGAUUACGCACAAUGAAACGAUCGGGAUGUAUGAAAGUAAUGUCUCUCAUCGGCUGGGUAAAAUUUUUGUUAGAAAGUUCAGAAUGAAAUUGAAAGUGAUAGGUGAAAGAGCACGCAAGUUGGCAUUUUACGUCCAAAUGUGAAUUUUGAUCCGAAUAUAAUAUUUACAUGAUAUUUGCGCAGAAUUCAUAAGCAUUGAGCAAAAAUUUUUUUAUUUUCCCAGUAUUACCGUUCACUCUAUGUACUUUCAAAAGUAACGUACCAGUAGCACAGUGUAUGUACAGAAUGUAGAAGAGAAAAAUUUUUAAAAUACUAUCGCGUUUAUUUUUUUUGAAGCUCUGAAAAACAGACAUCUCGCGAUUACCCAUCUUUCAAUAACCGGAAAUGAGAAGAAGAGAAUAGUUUAAUUAACGCAAACUGCAGAAAGAGAGAAGCGCUUACCCCAUUAAGGGUAAGGACUAAAGACUUCCGUCGAGCUUGUGCAGAACUUUACAUAUUAAAGUAUUAUUAUUGUAUGUAAACGAAAUACUACAUGGAACUUUCCGCUUUCUGAGCAGGAAAUCAUAUCAAACACACCACAUCAUAUAAAAAUCUAUUGUACACGCCCAAUAUUGAAAUAUCUUUAGCCUUGACUAGUUAUCAUCUCAUAAUCUACCUCCGUCUAUAUCCCACUGCUUCACGUUAGUCACAACUCAAUUAGCAGAUUCCCCGAAAAUAGAGUUUUGUCUUUUAAAUUCAAGAAUUACUCAACUGUAUUUUAGCAGUAUUUUAAUAUAUUAAUACCACGAUUUGAUAGAAUGGGGUGUCUAAUGUCGCUGCAGGGAAUAAGUUCUGCCGAAAGAUUCUGUAUAAGAAGUAUUUGAGUAAAAAGAAUUAUCAAAUUUGUUAUUGAAAUCAGUAAUAAUUGUUCCUUCACAACAACCUGUUAAUCAGAGCAAAUGAGCAUUCGAUGCAUAAAGAGCUAUUGUGCAAUUGUGGUCAUAGUUGGGAAAUAUGAAAAAUUCGAACAGUAUAACUUGAAAUAUAUAUUUUUUGCAAAUGUUCUAUAUAUUUUUUUAAAAAAAUUUACUUGAAACCACGUGUAGAAUAAUUCUUUGACUAUAUUAUCAAUAUGAUUGAGGACUCACAAUAUUUGAAAAUUUCUAAAAGCUCGGUAGAAACAACAUAACUUCAAUAAUUUGUGUAUCUAGUUCAUAUCGCCAAUUGCUAUAUGGGACUUGCGAUGCACGAGAACAACGGAUUUCAUUACAUGACAAACCAAAUAGAUUUUCUAUAUUACAUUUGAUAAUUAUGAAAUCACCGAGGUCAUUGGUAAGGAGUCAAGAGAUGAAACCUCAUAACCGAUGAUAGGCAAAUUCAAAUAUUGAAGUGCAAUAGGGGAAAAAAUGUGGUGAAAAAAUUGUGGUGCUGAUUUGCACUGUUAUCAAUGUUAGGUAUAGAAAAAUUAGCUUUAACUUUUCUUUAAAUAAAUACUUUUACAGCUACUGUAAAUAGUUCUUCCUCUGGUGCGACCAAAUUCUUGGCAGCAAAUAUUGAAUAUAUGAUAAACUAACAGUUUUCUAAUAUAUACUUUAUGAUCAAAGUGCAUAAUCCAGUCAAUGUACAGAGUGAACCGCAGAGCAUAAUAGUAAAUACUCAAACAAUUAUAAACGAACGCUUGGGAUUUGCCUAGAAAAUCAGCAAACACCGCCUAGGCUUUCAUCCCUCCAGAUGUUCCACUAUAAUAUUUGCCAUCCGUGUUAAUACUAACUUUAAUAAGUUGUAAGGAAAACUUAAUUGUAGAAUAAAUUAUUCCAUGUAUUAGAUGUUUAUGUUGUUUCGUGGAAAUGACUGGAUUGAGCACUCUGGUCGAGACAUAGAUAUUUAUCUAACUUGUAAAACAGUAAUUUUAGUAUCAAUGAGCAAGCGGCUGGUAUUCUACAUGGUAGAAAUCAAUCGAUUCCCAUCAAUGGAGAUUCUAUUGAUCAUUGAAUCACCGAUAGUCAAAUAGGUAUGCCCUUGGGGUCAAUAAAAUAAAUAAAAUCAGUUAAAACAUGAUUAUAGCCGAUAGACUGAUUAAUAGUGGGCGAUCAAUUGACCUCUUAACUCGAGGCAAUGAAGGCGAAUUGUUGAUAACAUACGUGAUGCAUACGUAAUUGGCUCGUACCGUAGUAUUCAGGUUUUGCAUUUUGCAGUUUGACAUAUGGUUCGAAAACUCACGUGUACUGAGUCGAUCUGCGAUAACAAAUUCAAGACUACGGAUCAACCAUUGUCAGAAAUAUACCGAUAGAGUAAUAGUAUCGAAGAACUUUUCUUGAUCAAUGUAGAAGACAGCCGUUAAAGCCGACUGCUAGCUUAAUUAGCUAGGACUCAAAGUCAAACUAACUUAACUUUAAGUAUUUUAAGCGAAUUAAUAGAAUACAUAGGUGCCAAAAUGAAAUAAAGCAGAGACUUGUAUGUAAUUUAGUAUCUAGGUAAUUGUUAUUUGUCUAUGCUGUGAUUUACAGUUUUCAGUUAUAUUCAGAGGGUAACAACCACUCGUCAAGAAAUGUAAUCAAGUACGACAACACUAAAAAAAGUGGUCCCCUAAUAUUAGAUCUACAAACCUAACACUGAUCAUCACUACAUGAAGUAGAUCGUACAAAAUACGUGCCUGCAACUGAAGUGAUUUGAGGCAAAACAGGCUGCGACAUACAGAUAAAAGAGUUGGUUUGUUCGCUUGGUAAAUUCUCAUUUGAAGUAGUUACAACUUGAAAAAUAUCAACGGCUUAACAACCGACAAUCACAAAUAUUGGUAGAACCAUAUUUCACCUGGAAUAGCUAAGGUGCACACAUUAAGGACAAAUGCAACAACACUAUAUUUCAAUACGACCAUUGUAUGCUGAUGUAUAAAUUAAUAUUUUAUCCUGUAUAUGUGAUCAAACAAUUGAUAGAUAUUCUAAUUUUUAAUAAUAAAGGCUUUACUCUUUUAA